ACGGGAACAGCAAUUCUUUUAUCCUUGCUAUCUUGGCACAGCUGUUGAGUUUAGUGGUUUGUGGAAUAAUUGGUUAUAUUUUGCUUCUAAAAGUCGUCUUAACAACUUAAUUAACGCCAAAUAAGACCGAUUAUCUAAACUGAGAGGGCAGAAGAGGAACUACGAAAACUGUUGACUCGAGUCGAGCAGUGGAUCCGGUGGCAUUUAUUCAACAACGUCGAAACUGAGGAUUGUUUUUCCAGUAAGCUAGCUAGUUAGGUUUCAGUAAAAGCUGUAUGCUUCUCUGCUGUUUCCAGAGUGACUUAAAAGCGCCAUACUGGAAAAAAGAAGUCAAAUGUGUCUUCUGAAAUUUCAUGGUUUUCUUGUGAUGUUUUGAGGAUGGCACAGGGUGGUGUUGGAAGUGACUGCAGCCCUGGAGGCUGAUGAACCCGCUACAUUGGCCAGUCAGGAUGCACAUAGCUUCAGUCGGUGUCAGCAAGUUCUGCUUCCUGUUUUCUCUCGUAUUCUGUGGCCUCCUGCUUCUACUCAUUCCUGCCCUCCAGCCCCCAGCACGCCAGGUGGAUCUGCCUCAGCCCCGACCCCAAGUCAGACCUACACACGCAAGCCCAUCACACCAUGCUGGGGUUCCAGUUGUGUCUGUCCAUGUUGGGGAACUUGACUCUGCCACAGGACUGAAUAGGAGCUCAGCAGUACCGAGGGGAUCCAUCGAGGCUGACAUAACCAGGAAUGAUAACCAUAGUCACAAGAAGGGCAUGGACUCCCAAGGAGGGGCUCUUCAUGGAGGAAAUGGUGGUCGACUCUCAGGGUCUAGGUCUGAGGACCUGUUAGAGUUAAAGGACAUUUUUAUUGCAGUGAAGACUACCAGGAAGUACCACAAGUCCAGACUGGAGCUUCUGAUUCAUACAUGGGUUUCCCAAGCUAAAGAACAGACUUACAUAUUCACUGACGGUGAGGACAAGGAGCUGCUGAUGAGAACAGGAACUGACAUCAUCAACACUAACUGCUCAGCAGCUCACACCCGACAGGCUCUGUGCUGCAAGAUGUCUGUGGAGUACGACAAAUUCAUCGAGUCUCAGAAAAAGUGGUUCUGCCAUGUGGAUGACGACAACUAUGUGAUCCUCCCCAGCCUGCUGCGGCUGCUCUCCUCCUACCACCACAGCCAGGAUGUGUACCUGGGCCGGCCCAGUCUGGAUCAUCCUAUAGAGGCUGCAGAGAGGGUCAAGAGUGACGGAUCGGUGUCUGUCAAGUUCUGGUUUGCUACAGGUGGGGCAGGUUUCUGUAUCAGCAGAGGUCUGGCACUGAAAAUGAGUCCAUGGGCCAGUUUGGGGAAUUUCAUCAGCACAGCAGAGAAGAUCCGACUACCAGACGACUGCACCAUCGGCUACAUCAUCGAAGCGCUGCUGGAGGUGACCCUAACACAUACACACCUCUUCCAUUCUCACCUGGAGAACCUACAGAAGCUGCCUACUGACACUGUGCUGGAGCAGGUGACGCUUAGCUACGGAGGCUUUGAGAACAGAAGAAAUGUGGUCAGCAUUGUUGGAGGCUUUUCACUGGCUGAGGACCCCACAAGGUUUAAGACAGUCCACUGCCUUCUGUAUCCACAUACUGACUGGUGUCCAAAACUCAAACCUCGCUACAAAAACUGAAAGCCACUGUGUUUUUAUCCUGCAGCACUGAUACCUGCUAAACCUUUAUCCCACACGCUCACCCUGCCAUGUUUGGAUCCAGCUACAUUUAGCUGGAAAUACUUCACACAUCAUUUGAUUGAUGGCUUUAUCCAAAGCGGCCUCACCUCAUGCUUCAUGAAUGGACAGUGCUAGUGUCAGUUUUUUUUUUACACCUCUCAGAGGCAGAGCUGUUCGACAGGCAAAAUCGAUCUAACUCAUUAAGUAAAUAAUGGGUGGAAACACAGAAUGACCUUUUCUGGCUAACAGAGCAUGGAAGUGGCUGAAGCCACUUGUGGCUGGAGACCCUUGUUUUCCCGCUGUAAUGUGAAUACACCUUAAGUGCUGCAGCAACAGAAUUUGAGGCUCACUGCAAUUGGAUGUUUCUUAUCUCAACGCUCUUUGGGGCUCAUAGUAACUUUUUACUGUUAAGUACACAUCUUUUAUCUUUGGUUACUCUGGUGUUAAUGAUUCAACCAGGAGAAUUGCAUGCUUAUCCAAGUUGAUGUUUCAAUGCUCAGUCACCUAAUAUUGUCCUUCUGGAACCUUGGUCACCCCACAUCCCAGCACAUUUUGCUACUCCACUGGUGAAGUUCCCCUCAGUGGAUAGAGCCAAAGAAUCAGUUAUUUUCAGAAGCACAAUGAUAAAGGCAGGAAGGAGGCAAAAUGGAAGCCAGUACCUUGAAACCUUGCACUGUUGCUAAAUGUAGAAAUGCAUUCUGAGUUAUCUUCUUGACUAGCGAGGUAAGCUAGAUAGCUUAAAGGAUAGGUUGAGAUUUUUCCAAGACUAUCAUAAUUCAACUGUCAUAUGGCAUAUGUAUGUUGAAAGAGUAAUGGGUCACUGUAAUCAUUCCUCCUCUCCAUACUGGCUGUGAAGCGAUACUUGAGUAGAUGGGUCAAAUCUAAUACAAGGCUUCAGCAGCCUUAGACAAAUCAAGUGGGUAUCUUUGUUCUGGGAGUCCCAUGUAGGUUUAUACCAGGAGCAGAAACACUGUAGUAUGAAAUUCUGUCUGUGUUUCCACAGACAAAGGCUUGACUAGAAUCCAGUUUUGCUUCAAACAAGGAUUGUGGAUUUAGUCCGAUAUUUCUUAGUGUAGUUUUGCAGUGAGUAUGGAUAGGAGGAAUGAUUAAUUUUAAUGUACAUAUGGGCACAUAUUAUUAUUAUAUUAAAACAGCCUUGGACAGUAGAAGGUUUCCUACUUCCUGCCUUUUGUCAUUGGUUCAAUGAAGGAAAAAUUAACCUGAUUCCUUGGCUCCAUCCACUGUGGUUUAACUUUACCAGUAGAGUAGUCAAAUGGGCUAGGUUACUGGCCAAGGCUACAGAAGUAAUAAUCUCAAAAUCAGAAGCUAUCCUGUGGUUAUGAAUGAUCAUAAAAGAAGUCACUGCAUUUAAAGUUCCUGCUUUGACAUUCAUGUUUGCCCAGAUAGCUAACUUGUACUCUCGUAGAAGUAAUCUAGUGGCUCUUUGGCUCAACCAAUGACAACAUGUCUAGACAAAAUAGUUCUGAAACUCCACUCUGCAUGUCAGUGCCAUGCUCCAUCCACUGAGUGGAAAAGCACUUCAGGCAAAUGCUACAGUAUGUGAAGGACCCUACAGUAGUAGUAGUACACUGUUUACGAGGGCAUGGAUGUUUAGUAUUUAAUGAAAGGCCUUACUUUCCUCUGUUCAUUUCAGUUCAUUUCACCACUUUAUUCUUUUUCUGUUGACAUGUUACCCCAAAGUCAACGUCAAAUCAAGAUAGUUUCUUUAGAAUCAAAGAUUGUUGAGUCUGAUUAAGAUGUAUUAAGUGUAUCAUAAUUUUUUGGUCUCAAACAAGGAAGGUUUAUAUGCUGCAUGGGCACACAUUUAUUUCAGUCUGUUGUAAUUGUUCUGAUGCCUUCAUAUUCUCAGCUAAAUAUCUUCUUCUUAUAUUAGCCUAUUUCUAACAGGCCCAUCUUUAUGGUUUUGCACUACUUUGAUCUUGUCACAUCCUGCAUGUUACUGACUGGAGUUCCAUACAGUGUUGGUGUAAAUAUUAGUGAAUUUUAUUAAGUAUUCUUUCUUUACAUAGGUUGUAGUUUUAGCUCUGCAUACACUUCUUUAAGGCAGAGAUACUCUGGAGGUGGAGAUAAAUUGUUUUAUUGCAGUUAGACUUCAAUGGGUGGAGCCAAAGAUAUCUCAAUCACAUUGCCAUGAAAUUUGGUAUGGAUGUUCAUUGUCCCCAGAGGAUGAUUGCUAAUAAUUGAAGUGACCCCUGACCUUUUGUUUGGCACUGCCAUCAGGUCAAAAUUUCCUGUAGACCAACACUUGGGUCCAUGAUCACACUGCAAAAAUGCCCUAUCAAAUUUCAGUGAAAACAUUUUACAUAUGAGCAUUCUUUUGCUUAAAAUAAGAAAUUGUGGCUGCCAGCUUAUUUGAUAAGAUUUUCUAAAAUAAGUCAGGGUGCCUAUCUAGCAGAAGUCUUAAAGGUCCAGUGUGUGACAUUCAGGAGGAACUAUCGGCAGAAAUGGAAUAUAAUAUUUAUAAGUAUGUUUUCUUUAGUGUACAAUUGCCUGAAAAUAAGAAUCGUUGUGUUUUCAUUACCUUAGAAUAAGACGUUUUUAUCUACAUAGACAAACCAAACACUGUCUCUAGAUGGUGGCCCUGAAACUUGCAAACGGCCCUGUCAUUUCUCCUACACACUUGGAAGGGGAGGAUGAUGCGAGCGCUAUUCAGAUGGUUGCAAACUGCAAUUUCACCGCUAGAUGCCACUAAAUCCUACACACUGGACCUUUAAAAUAUGUAUCAUGUUCCCCUCAGGAUGAAUUGUAAUAACUUUGGCGAUCCUCUUUGGUGAUCUAGCUUCAUCAUCAGGUGAAAAUUUAACUGUGUCCAAUACUUUGAUUUAUGACUAAAUACCCACAAAAGUAAUGUCAUUCCCAUCAGGUACUUUGUGUUUAGUGCUAAUUAGCACUAAACAUGGUAAACAUACCUGCUUGACAUCAGGUUGUGGGCAUGUUUGCAUUUAGCUAACCUUCUCUAGAAAUUUAAGAAUUUAUUUAAGAAAUGCCUUACUAGCCACAGCCAUACUGUAGUUUCCUAAAUAUGUCAGUUAGUCUGCUGACCCUCAGAAUUAUAAUAGCUCAUGAUAAAAUGGAAAAAGAAGUCCUUGGAGACAACAUUUUCUUAAUUAUCAAGACCAGUGUUCCAUCUUUGGAAUUCACGGUUGCUAGUUGGCUUACUUGUGCUCCGAUAUACCGGUUCUUUGGCGCCACCCACUCAGCUUACACCAGCCAGCUUCAGUAUUUUUACUGCCUGUAAAAAGUAUUUAUGUAAAACACCGUCUACCUUUUUGCAUGACUAGAAUCCAAAGUCCAGAGCAUGUGUCCCACUGCCGGUCAGUGAGUGAGAUGUAAAUCCUUUACCACUGAUGUAUUAUUGUGGUGUUUCAAUAAGAAUAAAACCUUUCUGCAUUCAA